AUGUCAGAAUCAAGAAUUAAAAGACUCUGGAAGAACAGAAUCAGCCAGCAGUUGAGUGGGUUUCACAUCUCUACAUGCAUUGCACACACAAAUCAAGUAGAUCAUCAAGAUGAUGCAACAAACGUCGAUGCCCAGACAACAAAGAAUGCUCCGUCGCCUGCUUUACCACAACAUCAAACCCCUCUGUCCACAACAGCAACUGUGCCGGAAAAGAAGUUAUGGAGAAAACCGUUACCAAAUGAUUGCCCCUUAUUUGAUUUUGAAAUCAGUGAGAAAACCAUGAUCGAGCAAGACCCAUCGCUGGUCAUUGCAAACAAAGAAAUACCAACCAGAAUACAAAGCAGACACUAUGCGAAUAUACCAAACUUAGAAGCUCAACUGGAACGUGCAUGCAAAAACGAAAAGGCUGUUUUGUUAACAAGAUUGCUGGAAAAACAGCGCCACCAGCAAAAGCAAUGUACAUAA